GGUUCAGUUUUAAUUCUGUCUCUAAUCUCUGCAACAGCCGCGCUUCCUGGGUCCCGCGGCUCCCGCGCGCGAUCUGCCGCGGCCGGCUGCUGGGCAAAAAUCAGAGCCGCCUCCGCCCCAUUACGCAUCAUGGAAACCCUCCAGGAAAAAGUGGCCCCGGACGCGCGAGCCUGAGGAUUCUGCACAAAAGAGGUGCCCAAAAUGAAGACCCUGAUGCGCCAUGGUCUGGCAGUGUGUUUAGCGCUCACCACCAUGUGCACCAGCUUGUUGCUAGUGUACAGCAGCCUCGGCGGCCAGAAGGAGAGGCCCCCGCAGCAGCAGCAACAGCAGCAGCAGGCGUCGGCCACCGGCAGCUCGCCGCAGCCGGCGGCGGAGAGCAGCACCCAGCCGCGCCCUGGGGUCCCCGCGGGACCGCGGCCACUGGACGGAUACCUCGGAGUGGCGGACCACAAGCCCCUGAAAAUGCACUGCAGGGACUGUGCCCUGGUGACCAGCUCAGGGCAUCUGCUGCACAGUCGGCAAGGCUCCCAGAUUGACCAGACAGAGUGUGUCAUCCGCAUGAAUGACGCCCCCUCACGCGGCUAUGGGCAUGACGUGGGCAAUCGCACCAGCCUGAGGGUCAUCGCGCAUUCCAGCAUCCAGAGGAUCCUCCGCAACCGCCACGACCUGCUCAACGUGAGCCAGGGAACCGUGUUCAUCUUCUGGGGCCCCAGCAGCUACAUGCGGCGGGACGGCAAGGGCCAGGUCUACAACAACCUGCAUCUCCUGAGCCAGGUGCUACCCCGGCUGAAGGCCUUCAUGAUUACUCGCCACAAGAUGCUGCAGUUUGAUGAGCUCUUCAAGCAGGAGACUGGCAAAGACAGGAAGAUAUCCAACACUUGGCUCAGCACUGGCUGGUUCACAAUGACAAUUGCACUGGAGCUCUGUGACAGGAUCAAUGUUUAUGGCAUGGUGCCCCCAGACUUCUGCAGGGAUCCCAAUCACCCUUCAGUACCUUAUCAUUAUUAUGAACCUUUUGGGCCUGAUGAAUGUACAAUGUACCUCUCCCAUGAGCGAGGACGCAAGGGCAGUCAUCACCGCUUUAUCACAGAGAAACGAGUCUUUAAGAACUGGGCACGGACAUUCAAUAUUCACUUUUUUCAACCAGACUGGAAACCAGAAUCACUUGCUAUAAAUCAUCCUGAGAAUAAACCUGUUCUAAGGAAUGAGCGUACCAGACUGUAAUCCCAGGUAUUCACUGCAUCAGACUCCAAGACCCUGAACUUCCUGAGCCACCAGACAGGAAAGGGUAGCAGAAAACCGCUUCACUACUCAGGAAGUACCAUGGACAGAUGCCUACCAGGUGUGACAAAGCAGUGCAGUUGGAUUGUGAGGAAAAAUUCCGGAAUUAAUGCAUCCUAAUGAGUGUUGUCCCCUUCAAUGGUGUUACUUUAGGAGCUGAACAUUCAAUUCAGUUAUACCACUAUGACUAAAAACAGUCUGGAUCUCUUAGUAUUGCCUUUGAAACUGCAACAUAAGCAACUCAACAAUAUUAGUUGCAUUCCUUUAUAGAAAUACCAUGUCAAAGACGUUUUUCUAUCAAGUUGUAUUCUUUCCUGUUCUGUAACCUUUGUCAUCUGUUAGACUGUGUAUGUGUGAUUUGUAAAAAGCAGACUGAAACUAUGGACAUGAUUUCUGAAGAGCACAUCUCCACUGACUUUCAUGAAGCAAAUGUCCAAUAUUUAUUUAUUGAGAGUUUUUUAGUGCAAUCUAGGCCAGUAUUUUUAUAGAUUAUGAUUAUGUGGUAAUUUAUCCUUCCUAACUCUUUAAUCCUGAAUGAUGGUUGGAAAUGGCCUAGAAUUAGGUUACUCUGUUCACAAUGCUCAUUGUUAGCAUGCAAUUGGUAUUUGACUUGGAAGUGUUGUGUUGUAUUUUUUGAACCCCUAGGCUUCAGGAAAACUGCUCUUUUAUAAAAAGAAUAGCAAUGACAUUUUCUAAUGUGCAGAAAUGUUCCAAAAGGACAAAAUUGAAAACCAAAAACUAUGUUAUUAAAACAAAAAAACGCUAACAAGAGAAAUUUAAAGGUAGUUUUCUUUAGUAAUAAUUUAUGUAAGUGUCCUCUCUUGAGCCCUAGUUUCCUCUUUGGCAGAAUGAUGUCACUGUACCAGACAACCUCUUAGGUUUCAUCCCAAAUCUAAACUUGUGGCCUCUUCUUGACCCGUUUGAAGACUCUGCACUUGGGAGUGAUGGGGCCCCAACAGUAGCAGGAACCUUAUUUUGGGGAGGCUUAUCUACAUUCAUAUUACUUAUCUCACUCUUGUGGUUAAAACUACACUUCUUCCUUGGUCCACAUGGGCUAAAAUCUACCCCCUGCUUCUCUCAAAGCAUCACCAUCCACCUCUUCCCCAGCAUCUCAACACAAAAACACAGGAUACACACACGCACACACAAAAGACAUACUUCCAAGGGGUUCCCUGGCUACAAGAGCAAAGAGCUGCCCUUCUGUGAGGAAAAGAGACUACAAGGACAUGCCAUAUUCAUUCAACUCAUUUAUGCUAUGAACUGUUUAGACUCACUACAAAUCUUCUUAGAUUAUAUUCAUUACCAUUCCCUCGUCUGAAGGAGUAUAAACGACUUAUUUUAUUCAGAGCCAAGAUAAAUUCAUAUUAUAGAUUUUUAUUUAAACAAGUAAUAUUGUUCAAAAAUAGUCUCAUAAAUAUACUAGUGUUUUCUUUACACAUGACUUAGAAGGCAUUAGUUUCUCUAAUGCCAAAUUUGAAGGCACCGGCAAAUGUUAUGUAUGAAGAUUGACAUUGUUUUACAGACAUGACCUGGCUUGUGAUUAAAGAAGUUUUAUCACAUUA